GUCGCGGGAGAAGCAAGAUUUGUUGUGAUCAUCCUUCUGAAGGCUGCAGUUUGAGCCAAACUCGCUAACUCUAGGUUGUUUUAGUGCGUGAGAGAUAAGAAGAUACAGCGCACAAUUGUAUAAUGUAUUUAUCGUUAACGCCACAUCUUUGUGCAAGUAGAAACAUCAACAGGUGACAUUGUCGCGGUGAACCGAUUAAAAGCUAACGUUAACUUUUCUUACCUAACGUUAGUUAACUAGCUAUCGAUAGAUAGGACAGCUAGCUAGCAUAAAUAGUUAUUUGCGUGUUUUGGCUCGUCAGUCUCACUGGAUUGUGCUGAGUUAACUUAUCCUCAGCUAGGCUAUAAGCUACUUGCUGUCUACAGGGAUCGAAAAAAGUUAUGUCUUCAAGGGCCUGGCAACAUCCUUAUGUCAACAUCUUCAAACAUGUGCACGUGGAGGAGUGGAAGAGAUCCAGCCGAGAGGGAGACGUCACCUCUUACAUGGACAAAACCCUCAAGUGCUCCGUGUUCCGGAUCCGUGGCUCUGUUCCGGCCAGCAACUACAUCCUGCUGCCCAAGAGCAGCAGCCAGUCGCUGGGCCUGACUGGACGCUACUUCUAUCUGCUCUUCCGGCCCUCUCCAGGGAAACACUUUGUGGUGCACCUGGACGUGGUCGCAGAGGAGGGUCAGGUGAUCCGGGUGUCCUUCUCCAACAUGUUCAAGGAGUUCAAAUCCAGCUCUACCUGCCUGCAGCUCCCUUUCAUCUGCGGCUCAGCACAGGGCUCUGUGUACGAGAGCACGGCACGCACGGCCAAACAGGGUCUGGUGGGACCUGCUCCGGCGUGUGUGCGCUGGGUGUGUUUGGUGAUGGACCUGCGUUACCUGGUCUCUGUCUACCUGAACCGCCGCUACAGCCACCUCAAGGCCCUGAAGCUGUGUGCCAACAUGAGCGUUAAAAACACCAUGACCAGCGACCUGCUGCUGGACCCAGGUGUGUGCUACUCGGUGGUGAAGCGUGGUGGUGUGGUGAUGGAGGAGGGCAGUGCCCCGAUGCCCAGGGAGAUGAGCUUCCCCGUCCCCAAGGGCUGCACCUGGCACGACCUCUAUGACUACAUCAGGUUCCCCUCUGACGGGAUGAAGAUGCCAUUUGAUUCCAUUCAGAAAGGAGAAACUAAUCAAGCAGAGACUGACGUCCGUGGUAGCCCAGAUAGGCAGGAGAGUUUGUGUGUGAACCUCAGCAAACCUGUUCGCGACAGAGUCUCUCUCAUCCAGCAGAUUACCACUCCCAGACCUCGGCUCAAGCAGAAGAAGGUGACCCUGUUGACCCCAUCUCUGCCUGAGGUGGCGCCACUGAGCACCAUUGGUGCGGGGGGAGACGGGGGGGGUGUGGACGACGGAGGGGUGCACGUGUUCGCCCCGCCCACGGACCAAGACCAAGACGUCAUCACUGUUCGCUCUCCAGUCUCGCAAUCCCACUCGCCACUGCUGGAGGUGUUGUCUGCUGAAGUAUCCCGUCCCAUCUCUUUGCCUGCCUCCAAAGCCAGUAAACAAGCCAGUAAACAAUGGAAGCUGCACCCUGACCCAAUACUACGUCUGAAUAAGAUCAUCGGCUUUGGGGGCAAAACCAUGAAGAAUGUGCUGUGGAAUAAGCUGGGCGAUGAGGUCAUCUAUUCCUGCCACGCUGUCAUUAUCAGCAUGAAGAUUUGCUCUGGGAAGCAGCGCUUUUUCAUCGGUCACACAGAUAAGGUCUCUGCUCUGGCGCUGAAUGGCAGCUGCUCUCUCCUGGCCUCGGUGCAGGCAGACACACACACACUGCUGCGCCUGUGGAGCUAUGAGACGGGCCAUUGUCUGGCCCUGGUCAAUACACACGCACACUCUCUGAGCAUCCUCAGCUUCUCCUACAGUGGAAGGGUCUUGUGUGGAGUGGGAAAGGAUGGACACAACAAAACUAUGCUUGUUGUAUGGAACACAGAGAGUGUGACCAAGAAGGGAGUGGUGUGUGUCUUGGGUAAAGCACACACAGACGUGGACAUCAGAGCUCUUCAGAUAACCUGCUGUGAUGAAACCCGGAUGGUGUCGUGUGGGUUCGGAAACGUGCGCCUGUGGCGGUUGAGGGGCGGCACUCUCCGCUCCUGUCCACUGAACUUGGAUCAGUUCCACAGCCUGGAGUUCACAGACCUCGAUCUGCUGCACUCACACACUGCAGACGCAGCUGAGGAACACACACUGUUUGUGAGCAGUAAGAGUGGUCACGUCCUAGAGGUGGACUAUGCUGCCGUGGCGAUUAAGAAUGUUAGGAGACUCCUCCCCACUCAGCCAAGCCACACCCAGCGCAGAGAGAAACAGACUUUCAACAUGGGUCCAGGUAUUGCAGUGAACAGCAUCAGUGUGUGUGAGGCAUUCUGUGCCACUGCAUCUGAGGAUGGCUACCUGAGACUCUGGCCUCUUGACUUCAGCGCAGUCUUCCUGGAGGCAGGCAUGGGAAUCAUUGCUAAGGUGUGUGGGAAACACACUGAGGCAGUGGUGGGCUGUGUUUUCUCUCCUGACGGAGAGUGCUUGUUCAGUGGUGGCGCUGAUGGAUCCUUGGCCCUUUAUAAUUCAGCACACCAGGAGCUUCAUGUUGGUUUGUGGCUAGGUAAUGUGUUGGCAUGUGGCUCAGAACGUGCCCCUGAUGCAUUGGUUGUCAGCGGCGACAGCUCCAGGCUGGCAUUCAUUGGCCCCACGGAGCACACAGUAACCAUCAUGGAUGCCCGCUCACUUGAUGAGAUCCUGCGUGUGGAUGUCAGCAUCCUGGACUUGGACAGCCCCAGACUGGACUGUGCUCUUAAAGUCUGCUUUUCUCCUCCCACACCGGGACACCUGCUCAUCUCCACCUCCGCAAACAAGAUCCUUUACCUACACUCACACACCGGCAAGCUGCUAAAAGAGGUGUGUGAUGUUCAAAAGAAGUGCUGCUGGUCACUAGCUGUCAGUGAGGAUAGCCGUUUCCUCUUGACCGCUGGGUGUAACACACUAAAGGUCUGGGACUACAACAUGAGCCUGGACGUCAACUCUCAGGUGUUUAUUGGCCACUCUGAGCCCAUCAAACAGGUGAGCUUCACACCUGAUCAGAUGGGUGUGGUCUCUGUGGGCGACGCACUCUUCUUCUGGGACUUCCUGGCCCACCCUCAAGAAGCGAUGCUACGGUCCCCAGCCAUCUUGGUGUCUCCUCCUAAACCAGGCCCAUCAGGUGACUCCGGGGCGUUGACCAAUGGAAUGCUGCUGUCCACUGGGAUGCCUCGAGGCCCAGCUCCCCUUCCCUCAUUGGACCUGAGCUCUAUUGAGAGGCCAGCUCAUGAUGGUGUGGGUUUGUUUGUAGCGCUCGAGGACCUCUCCCUAAGUGAGGACACUCACGAUGCCUUACGACGUAGCCCUUCCCCUUCACCUGCUCCCAGCCCCACUCCCAAACACGCCUCCUUCCUCCGGGUCACUGAUAGGUCAGCGAGCAGAGCCUCUCCAGAGGAGCCAGCCAAUCAGCUGAGAGAAAAUGACUAUGGGACCUCCUCAAAGGCAGAGCGUCCGGACUGCUACAAACACUUCACACCACGUUACAACACCUCCACCCCAGAGCAGAGUACUGUGCCCCCUCCCCCUGGAGAGGAGGGACUGAGACUGAAAGCUGUGAUUGGCUAUAAUGGCAAUGGGCGUGGCAAUAUGGUGUGGAACCCUGACACAGGUCUGUUUGUGUACACCUGCGGCUGUGUGUGUGUGGUGGAGAACCUGCACACAGGCUCUCAGAGGCAUUGGCUCAGACACACAGAGGAGAUCUCCACCCUCACCAUUUCCCAUGAUGCUCAGUUAGUGGCGUCAGCGUCUGGGAGUGGUGCCUCAUCAAAGAGCCUCAUCUGCAUAUGGAAUGUUGCAGAUGGUUCCAGUAGAACCAGCAUGUCCUUUCAUAAGGGCGCAGUGCAGAGCAUGGCCUUCUCCAGGGAUGACCGCUACUUCCUGUCAGUGGGUGACUUCAGUGAGCAGGAGGUGGCGCUGUGGAGCGGGAGCUGCUUUGAGCUGCUGUGUCAUGUGACCGCGCCGUGGGCUCUACACGAGGCCCGCUUCAGCCCCACCACCGACGGCCUACUCGCUUGCGUCGGAGCGUCUGGAACUCUCUUCUGCACCAUACGCACACAGGGCAUGCAGACAGAACUCCAGGUGCAGAGUGUGUGUGUGCCUGACGAUGUUGGUGACGCGGAGUUGACAUCUCUGUGCUUCAACGCCAACGGCCUGCUCUUUACAGGCACCAGUGGCGGGCAGGUGUGUGUGUGGGACUGCAACACACACCGCUGCUUCAUGAGCUGGGAGGCAGACGAGGGAGAGAUCGGGGUGUUGCUGUGCUGUGGCAAUAGGCUGGUGUGUGGAAGCAACAGCAGGCGUUUGAGGCUGUGGUCAGUUGCUGCUGUUCAAGCACUAAGACCCCAGAAUGCGGAGCGAUCUCAGGACAGCCCUGCUGUGCUGCUGGAGCAAGAGAUGCAGCUUGACGGGGCCGUGGUCAGUGCCACCUUUGAUGACGUCAUGGACAUGGGCAUCGUGGGCACCACGACGGGCACCCUGUGGUACAUCAACUGGACAGAGAACACCAGCAUACGGCUCAUCAACGGACACAAAAGCCAGGUGAAUGGCGUAGUAUUCAGUCCAGACGAGAGCCGCUUUGCUACCUGCGGACAGGAUGGAAGUUUGAGAGUCUGGACAUCGCCUAGUAACGAACUGUUGGUCCAGUUCCAGGUGCUCAAUCAGAGCUGUGAAUGUGUGUGCUGGAACCCUGGGAGCUCGAUGACGGCAGUAUGUGUGUCGGGGGGUUACAGCGACGGGACGGUGCGAGUGUUCAACCUGAACUCGUCUGAGAUGGAGCUGAAGCUGCAGCCCCAUGCCACCGCGGUGUCCGCGCUGCAGUACUCCUGCCACGGUCUGGUGCUGUUGUCGGCAGGACGAGACGGUGUGAUUGCUGUCAUCAGUCCGGUUACUGGGGCAACACUACGCAUCAUUAGUGAUCACAAAGGGGCUCCCAUUACCGCUAUGCAAAGUGUCAAUAAACAGUAUAAAGAGUUUGGGCUUCAGGGCGAUGAGCUGUGGUUAGCAGUCAGUGCUGAUAGGCGUGUCAGUGUCUGGGCAGCUGAUUGGAAGAAGGACAAAUGUGAGCUUCUUGAUUGGCUGAGUUUUCCCGCCCCUGCUGCCCCCGAGUAUGGGGAUGUCUUGCCACCAAGCCUGGCUGCCUUCAGUCCUUGUGAGCGAGGGGUCAUAGUUUACACUGGCUAUGGAGUGACAAAAGAGCUCACCUUCUACUGCCUGAACAAAAAACAGGUCCUGAGAACCAUUUCUUUGUCAGAUUGGGCACUUUCCUUAAGUCUCUGCUCUAAGGAACGACUACUUGCUGUUGGCUCAAAGCACCGCGUGGUGAAGUUGCUCCACAGCUCCUCGGGUCGUUUUCAGGACUUCACCCCUCAUGGCGACUCCGUCCAGCUCUGCUGCUUCUCCCCUUCAGGAAAACAGCUGCUUACCUGUGCUCACAAUGAGAUACUGCUCUGGAGCUCUCAUAGCCUUUAACACACACACACACACACACACACACACAAUCUUUUAGAAGGGCAGAUUUGUAUGCCAGAUAUCCUGGACACACAGAGACACAGUCUCAGAGAGACAAGUACAUACACACACUCACACAAACACACACGUGCACACAGAGCCUAAAUGCACUCAAUGGGUUAAUUUGUGUGCACAGGCAAACAAGCAUACACACCUAUGCAACAGCCCACAUAACAGGAUUAACUUCAGGAAUGUUUACUAAGUUCAACAUGUGGAUAUCUCCAAAGAUGGCACCUAAAUACAGGCACUACAAGCAUUCAACAUAAUAUUUAAGUGCAUUCUAUUUGUGAUUUUCUAGGUCUGUUUACUGAAAGUUAUAGCUGUUAAUAUACCUUUUUUUUCUUUUGUUGAUACCCAGAGCCUGAUUGUUCAUGUGCCUUGUGUUAUGUCCAUAUAUGGUCAUGCAUUUUUAUAUGUAGGAAUUUUUGGAAUUGUACUGUCAAUCAAUGUGAAUGUUUUUCUUAGUGUUUUAUACAUCUUAAAUCUUGUCUGAAAGACAUGUAUUUGUACAAAACUGUUAGCAAAUGUGUUUUUUACAUUUGUUUCUAGUUAAUAAAUGUUUUUUCAUUUGUAUCUAAUUUUGUGAUUAUAAUAAAUAGAGCAUGUUAUAAGUUAAUUAAUUGAUUUAGUUACCAAUGCACAGUAUUUUUCUUAUCUUUUGGCAUAUGAUUUGAUUUCCAAAGAUUGGAAUUGACUUAAAUCUACUAAAUGAACUGUGAUUAGGUGAUAUACUGGUGAAAUUACAUCUUGGGUAUAAUUAGGGAA